GAAAUACCUAGAGAACCUACAGCACAAUUGAUAAGAUAUUUAUGUGUCAUAUAUGUCAUUUAUUCAUGGAAAUAAAUUCCACAAGUAGAUAAGGCCAUGUUAUUAAAAUUGCUUUAACAAAUAAAAAAAAAAAAAAAAACCAAAAAUAAAUAAAACAAUUAUUUGGCUGUAAAAAAUUAGUGUUAUUAUGGCAAGUCCAACAGAAAGUACUCCAGUGUCAACAAAAAUUAAAAAACCUUCAGAUAGUGCCUUCAAACAGCAACGUCUUCCAGCCUGGCAACCGAUUUUGACUGCUGGAACAGUUCUCCCGACUUUUUUUGUAAUAGGAAUCGCAUUUAUUCCUGUUGGAAUCGGGCUAUUACAUUUUUCAAAUGACGUAAGGGAAAAAGUUGUUGAUUACACUAAUUGUGUGUCAAUCCACUAUAACAAUAACACUAAAUGCUCAGACAUAAUAGCGAAUAAUUCAAAAGCUCGAUGUGUUUGUCACGUUAAUUUUACUCUAGACACAGACUUUCCUAGCAAAGUCUACAUGUACUAUGGACUAACGAAUUUCUAUCAGAAUCACCGGCGGUACGUAAAGUCGCGGGAUGAUUUCCAGCUGCUGGGGACACUGAGUCAGACAGUGAACAGCGACUGUGGACCUUUUGCUUACAUAGAAGAGAAUGGAGUGCAAAAAGCCAUUGCGCCUUGUGGUGCAAUCGCCAAUUCUUUGUUCAGCGAUGACCUGGGGAUCGUAUCACUGGACACCAACAUGAGCGUGCCGCUGAUUAAAACGGGAAUCGCUUGGCCUUCAGAUAAAAAUAUUAAAUUCAAAAAUCCGCCUGGUAAUCUAGAGCAGGCAUUCGCUGGGUAUGAAAAGCCACGUGACUGGGACAGGUAUGUCUGGGAACUGGAUCCUGAUGAUCCAACGAAUAAUGGCUUUCAGAAUGAGGAUCUGAUUGUUUGGAUGAGAACUGCGGCGUUGCCGAAUUUUAGAAAAUUGUAUCGCAGGAUUAAUCAUACUGAUUUACACUUCAAAAGUGGCUUACGUCAAGGAAAUUAUCAACUACGUGUUAAUUACAAUUACUACGUAUCAUCAUUCCACGGCAAGAAAAAAAUGAUUUUAAGUACGACGUCACUUCUCGGUGGUAAAAACCCAUUUUUAGGUAUCGCUUAUAUCGUCGUAGGCUGUGUAUGUUUAGUACUGGGUAUUGCAUUAUUAAUAAUACAUAUUAAAUGUUCUAAAAGCACAAAUGAAAUAAUAAACGUCAAUCAGCAUACGCCGUACCAAUGAAGCUGUGUAAUUAAAUUAAUAAAAUAAACUACCAUUGAUUUAUUAUUUAUUGUCAAAGACAACCACUUAAGCACUUUAAAUUACAAUUGUUAAUUUACCAAGUGCAUGGAUUUUUUUUAUUUUAUUAUAUAGUCAACUGUUUAUGUACAAUUUAAAUAACUAACUGCCACACGGCUAUUAGUGAUCACUAAUCAGUAUAUUUUUUAUUAUAAAUUAUGACUUACAAAUUAAUUACUUCAGUAACUGAGUAAUAGUUCAUUCAAAUUAAAUAAUUAGUACAAUUUUUUUUUUUAGAAAAUUUUAUAUAAUUUCUUACUUUGAACAUCGCAUUGUAUUUACACGUUGUACAGACAACGACUUGCACGUAAUUAUAAAGUAAUUACUACAAUUGCGAACAUUAUUUACCUAUUUAUUAUUAUUAAAAUAUUUUUAAUUUUAAAGCAAAAAAAAAUUAAUACUUGUGUAUUAUUUAUUAGUGUACAGCAAAUAAAUACUAAUUAUUUUAAACGUU